AUGGAUUAUCAUAAACUAUAAUUUAAGGAGGAUCAAAUAAUGAAAGUAAAAUUAAUAUACUAUAUCAUGUAGCCUUUUAAAUAGGAAAGAUUUAAUAUUAAAUAAUUUUAAAGAGAUUUAGAAAUUAAUAUUCUCUCGAAAACAGAUGAGAAAAUAGUAUUUGAGAUAAUAAAUAUCGAUGCUCCGAUUGCUAAUUCCUUAAGAAGAAUUAUGAUUGCUGAAGUAAAUUCUUAUGUAAAUAGAGAUCCCUACAAUGGCAAUUCAUAAGGUUCAGGUAAUCCAAAACACCAGUGUAAUACCAGAUGAAGUAUUGGCUCACAGAUUGGGGUACUGAAGUUGAAAACAUAUUAGAUUGAUACCAAUCAUUGCAGAUCCUUUGUAAUUUAUUGAGAAAGAUGAUUAAGAAGAAUAUAAUGAAUUGAACUCAAUAGAUUUUACAUUAGUUGCAAAGUGUGAAAAAAAACCAAAUAGCAAGCAUGAUGACCCAAUUGAAUAACAAUAUACUAAUACAACAGUGUAUUCAAGCAGUCUAAUUUGGUAACCAAAAGGACAAUAAGCUAAACUGUUUGCUGCUAAUCCAAUUCGACCAGUUCAUUCGAAUAUUAUUAUUGCUAAAUUAAGGGAAAAUCAAGAACUCAAUUUAAGAUUGAUUUGUGAAAAAGGAGUGGGUAAAAGACAUGCAAAAUGGUACCACAUAAAUUCAUUUUAGGUCUCCGGUAUGCACAGCCUUUUAUAAAUUAAUGCCAUCAAUUACUAUAAAAAAUUAAUUAGAUGCUUAAAGAUAAGAGAAAUUGGCAUCUCUAUGUCCUAUGAAAGUAUUUGGAGUGAAAGGAAACUAAAUUAAAGUUGUGAAUCCAAGAAAUUGCACUACUUGUAGGGAAUGUGUAAGAGAAGCCAAUGGAUUUGAGAAGGAUGUUGAAUUAAAUAAAAUAGAUAAUCACUUUAUUUGUAAGCAUCAUAGAUUUUAAGUAUAGUCUCUAUUGAAAGUGUAGGAUAAUAUGAAGCCAAAGACAUAAUGUUAUAAGCAAUAGAAGUAUUUAGAUCAAAAGUAUAAUUAUACAUUAAAGAAUGA